AUGGGGAAUAAAUCGCGGCUCUUUGGAUUAUCUUGCAUCCUUCUUGCUUAUUAUACUUAUAUGCCCUUUCCAGAAAACCUUGAAGAACCCUGGAAAGUGAGACUCAUAGACAUUCUUACGAAAAUAGCAACGCUUACGGCCNAUACGGGUCUUAUGAACUUUGAAGAUCUUUUCUUCAUAAUAACGAAAACUCAAUAUAUAGGACCAAUUUCAGAUGAAAACCUUACAGUGAUUGACACAGACUUCAGUAACAUUCCUGUUCGUCUGUAUUUGCCAAAAAGGAAGUCUGAAAGACAGAGACCAGCUGUCAUUUACAUUCAUGGUGGUGCUUUUUCCACGGGAAGCUUCAAGAUGCGGCCCUAUGAUUUUGUGAACCGAAUGACAGCCAGCAGACUUGAUGCUGUUGUGGUGGCCCCAGACUACAGACUUGCUCCUCAGUAUCUAUUCCCAGCUGCCCUUGAAGAUUGUAUUGUUGUGAUCAAGUUCUUUCUCCAGGAUAAAGUUCUUAAAAAAUAUGGAGUGGAUCCCGGUCACAUCUGUAUUUCAGGAGACAGCUCUGGGGGUGCCUUGGCAGCAUCAGUGACUCAACUGCUACAGGAUGAUCCAGAAUACAGAAACAAAAUUAAGGCACAAGCCAUGAUAUACCCUGGACUACAGGCAAUUGAUACAGGGAUGCCAUCUUAUCGAGAGUAUGAAAAUGGUCCCUUUUUGUCAAGGAAGUUAGCAAUUAGGUUGUCAAUACUAAGUAUCACAGAAGACAAAGAAGCACUAAAUGCAGUACUGAGAAAUGAGCACAUGCCUGAAGGAACAAGAGACUUGUUCAAGUUUGUGAACUGGAGUCACUUCCUUCCUGAGAAGUAUAAGAAGAACCAUGUUUAUAGGGAGCCCGUUAUUGGGAAGGUGAAUGCUUUCGUACCACUACUUCUGGAUAGAAGAGUAUCAAUUUUGUUAGUCAAUGACUCCCAGCUACAGAGGAUGCCGUUAACUUAUGUCCUCACAUGUGAACAUGACAUCCUAAGAGAUGAUGGACUUAUUUAUGUCACCCGACUCAGAAAUGUAGGAGUUCCAGUUACACAUGAACACAUAGAGGAUGCAAUCCAUGGAGCCAUAUCAUUUGUCACAGCACCAAUGUAUUUACAUUCAGGUUUGAGGAUAAUAGAUAAGUAUAUAAGUUGGCUACAAGAAAAUCUAUAA